UCCUGCAGUCUCCUGUCUUGACAGCCAGACGGGGGCGGAGUAGAGACCAGUUGGGAGGAGGUGUCAUGCGCAUGCGUUUUAAGCAGAAUCUGGCUCAGACAUGGCGGCAGUGAUUAACCGGGCCUCUCUUCGGCUGCGGCUCCUCGUCUCCUGGCUAAAGCCCCGAGCCGUGGCUGCAGCCGCCUACGGUACCUCAGUAACAUCUGCUAAAGUGGAAGUGAAUGGUGUUCACCUGCAUUAUCAACAAACUGGAGAAGGAAAGCAUGCAGUUUUGCUACUUCCUGGAAUGUUAGGAAGUGGACAAAGUGAUUUUGGACCCCAGCUCAAAAACUUGAAUAAGCAGUUGUUCACAGUAGUAGCCUGGGAUCCUCGAGGAUAUGGGCAUUCCAUCCCCCCAAAUCGCGAUUUUCCCAUGGACUUCUUUGAAAGGGAUGCAAAAGAUGCUGUUGAUCUGAUGAAGACACUGAAAUUUAAAACAGUUUCUUUGCUGGGAUGGAGUGAUGGUGGGAUAACUGCACUCAUUGCAGCUGCAAAGUACCCAUCUUAUAUCAACAAGUUGGUAAUUUGGGGAGCAAAUGCCUAUGUUACUGAUGAGGAUGAAAUGAUUUAUCAUGGUAUCAGAGAUGUUUCAAAGUGGAGUGAGAGAACAAGAAAACCUCUGGAAGCACUAUAUGGAUAUGAAUACUUAGCCAAAACCUGUGAGAAUUGGGUAGAUGGAAUAUUGCAGUUUAAAGACCUACCAGAUGGUAACAUUUGUCGACAUUUGUUGCCCCUUGUCAAGUGUCCUACUUUAAUAAUACAUGGUGAGAAAGAUCCUUUGGUUCCUCGUUUUCAUGCAGAUUAUAUCCAUAAACAUGUUAAAGGUUCACGGUUACAUCUCAUGCCAGAAGGCAAGCAUAAUCUGCAUUUGCGCUUUGCAGAUGAAUUCAACAAACUAGUAGAAGACUUCCUACAGUAAAAAAAAAAAAAAAAAAAAA